UGAUGAUUUAAUUGAGAUACUUUAAUAAGUUGCUAAGGAACAAAAAGAAGAAAUUGAGACAGAAAUUACUUAGGAGUAAAAUUCAGAGUAUACUAAAGAGGAAAAAUAACAACUUAAUUCAUUAAUCAUGAUGGGAUUCUCCAAAAAAGAUGCACUAGAAGGAUAUUUGGCUUGUGAUAAAAAUAUUAUGAUUGCAACUUCAUAUUUAUGUGAAAAAGUAGCAAAGGGGGAAUUAUAAAGUAUAAAAUAACAUUUAAUAAAGAUCACUUAAUGAAGAUAGAUUUAAAUAAUUUUUAAAAUAAUUAUGAAAAC